CAUGUGGAUGAACCGGCGUAUGUCAACCGGAUGGGAUAUCAUUCCAUAAACACUCAGAUCAUGUUUGAUGCCAAUUGUCUUAUUAGAGACAUUGUACCGCGAUGGCCUGGUGCUGUCCAUGAUGCCAGAAUACUCAGGCAAAGCGGCUUACAUCAAAUCAUGGAGCAGAACAUUGUCCAUGACCAACACCAAUAUCUCAUGGGAGAUUCAGGUUAUCCGUGCAAGAGAUGGCUUCUGACUCCAUUCAUGAAUCCGGCUGAUGAGCACCAGCUGAUUUACAACAGGGCACACAAACGUACGAGAUCUGUGGUUGAGCGCUCCAUAGGGAUUUUGAAAAGGAGAUGGGUGAUUCUGCACAAUGAAAUUAGAUUGCAUCCAUUAAAGUCAUGCAAGGUGAUUUUGUCAUGUGCUGUAUUGCACAACAUAUGCAACAUGCGAAAUCUGCCAAUGGAUCCUUUGGACAUAGAUGCCUUACCAGAUCAUCCUGAAAAUUACCAUGGAAAUGAAGAUGGCCUUCGUUACAGGAAUGUAGUAGCAAAUACAUUUUUUUAGAUCAUAGGUGUCGUGAUCUGAGAAAACUAGGCAUAAUGCAUGUGCGUAAAGUGU